UUCAGCAGGGAAAAAGAAAAUCAAAAUCUCAUAGUUGCUUGGUCGCUCUACCUCUGCGAAGUGAAAUGGAGCAGCCAUGGAGAUCAAACGCAGAGCAGGAAACCCAAGCCAACCAAAACCAGACAGGGGCAAAACGUGGUCCGAGGAAAGUCCCAACACCGGCGGAACUAAUCUCUCGCUACCAGGAACGAGGAAUCGAACCAGCCGAAGCCUCCGUCAAGGUCAUCGGCGACCUCCAGAACGCACUCAUACGCGUCGUUUCGUCGUCCAGGAACGCCAAUGAGAAGAGCAAGGUCUUCGCCGACGCAUCGAGGAAGAUAGACGCCGUUAACGGAAGACUCGCCGUCGUCGAAGCGAAGCUGGAUUCGAAGCCUGGGUAUGGUGAGACGUUUGUCUUAGGGCUGGCUUCUUGUGCGGGGAUGAACGCCGUUUGGCCUCACGUCAUGAGAGGGUUUGGCCAUGUUUUGUCCGCCGUUAAGGGCGUGGGUUUUUUACCCAAAUAACGGUUUUUUACCCAAAUAACCCACUUGGGUCGCAUCUA